UCUAUGAGGCUUAAAAGAUGAGGAAAAGAAUAGUUUAAAAAAAAAAAAGUGGGUCAUUGAUCUGCUUUUUUUUUUCCUUGCUUUUUGGAUUCCUAUUCUCUGCUCUCUUAACGGGAUAGAGAGAGAGCAUCCAAGGCCUUUCAUAUUAUGCGUUUCUUGACUGUUGUUCUUAAUUGUUUCCCUUGUGUGAGAAGCGAGAAUGAAUGAUUGGGCUGCUCCGCUCAUAGCCGCAGCACUGUUUGCAUUUCUGUCGCCGGGUUUGGUGGUUCAAAUGCCAGGAAACAAUCGGCCAAUCGAUUUCAUGAACAUGAAGACUAAUAUAGCUUCCAUAUUUCUGCACGCUGUCUUAUAUGGUUUGUUUCUUAUUUUGUUUCUUGUUGUUCUUCAUGCCCACCUCUUUGUCUAGUUAAUUAGCUCUGCUUUCCACCCUUUUCUACUCUAUUGGGACAAGAAGAGUUUCACCUUGUAUUUUUUUUUCCUUAAAUUUUCUGUAGUUGCCAUUUGCGCAAGUAUUUUACGAUACUAUAACUAUAUGAUACCCACCUCUCGCGAAUUACUGCAUUUAUUCGUGUGAUCCACAAACGACGAAAAAUCUCUAUUUUGCCUAUCUCUACCCCAAUGAGCCGAAACCAAAGCUCGUAUUUUCUGUUGAGUAAUAGUUCGAGUACCAGAGAAAAUCUGUCUUCUGCAAUUGAUAAGGCUUUCAACUGAGCAAGUUAGCUUAAAAAAUAUACAGUGCUCUGAUUAUGUUUCUUCUCGUCAAUUGAGAGAGAUUUGAGAAAUAUCAAGAAAUCUCAUAAUUUUCUCAGAUCCUCAAUCAUAGACAACAUCUAAAGAUCUGGCUUCGAUGAGCAUUCAAACGAUUAUUGGUCUGAAAGUGUAAUCUUGAAGGCACAAUGACACAAUUAUCUGCAGGGGCAUGCUCCGGCACACUUAGCUAAUAGUACAUGGGGAUACAAUCUCACUUAAAGAAGUUAAGAUCCAGCGUUGUAUUCUUCUAUGUUAUCAGAAAGAAUUUUUU